AUGGAGGACACCUACAAUAACAGGACUUCUCUGGUGAAGGGAGCCAAGGUCAUGGUCAAGGAGGCCAAGCGGCAUGCGGCGAAGAAAGUCAACAAGGCGGCGGACCGCGCCGCCGAUCAGUACACAUCUCAUCGCAACUACACGCGAUUUCAGGAUGAGGAUGAAGAGGAUGAGGAUUUCUACCACAACCAGAAAGGCCACGACGGAGAGGGAUACCGCGACAACGAGGAAGGCUCCAGCGAUGCCACAGAGGGUCACGACGACGAGGAUGAGAUCUACGAGGGCGAGUACCAGGGGAUCCCCUCGGCCGGGGACAAGAAGCAUAAGGAGGGCCAGGUGGCGCUGGGACAGCCGGUGUCCGACGCCACGAGGGAGCGCAGCGAGCUGGAGCAGGAGAGGGAGGCAGAUGAAGAGGAGCUGGCCCAGCAGUACGAGCUGAUCAUGCAGGAGUGCGGCCACGGCAGGUUCCAGUGGCAGCUGUUCUUUGUGCUGGGAAUGGCGCUCAUGUCGGACGGCGUGGAAGUGUUUGUGGUGGGGUUUGUCCUCCCCAGCGCAGAGACAGACAUGUGUGUCCCCAACUCCAGCUCGGGAUGGCUAGGCAGCAUCGUUUACCUGGGAAUGAUGGUUGGAGCGUUCUUCUGGGGAGGGAUGUCGGACAAAGUGGGUCGCAGACAGUGCUUGCUCAUUUGCAUGUCCACCAACGGCUUCUUUGCCUUCCUGUCAUCUUUCGUCCAGGGAUAUGGAGUCUUCCUUCUCUGCCGCGUCGUCGCUGGCUUCGGGAUAGGAGGCGCCGUGCCCAUCGUGUUCUCCUUCUUUGCAGAGGUGUUGUCCAGAGAGAAAAGAGGAGAACACCUCAGCUGGUUGUGUAUGUUCUGGAUGAUCGGAGAGAUCUACGCAUCCGCCAUGGCUUGGGCCAUCAUACCGCACUAUGGUUGGAGCUUCAGCAUGGGCUCAGCAUACCAGUUUCACAGCUGGAGGGUUUUUGUCGUUGUCUGUGCCCUGCCGUGUGUGUGCGCUGUGGUGGCUCUAACCUUCAUGCCAGAAAGCCCCAGAUUCUACCUCGAGGUCGGGAAGCACGACGAGGGCUGGAUGAUCCUCAAGCAGAUCCACGACGCCAACAUGAGAGCACGUGGGCAGCCAGAGAAAGUCUUCACUGUGAACAGGAUAAAAAUCCCUAGACAGCUGGAUGAAUUGGUGGAAAUGGAAUCGGGGUCUGGAAAUCCAGUUUCCAAAAUGUUCUUCAGGAUGAAAUCUGAAAUACACGGGAUAUAUGUAAACCUCAUGAAGUGCUUCAACUACCCUAUGAAGGAAAACAUGACGCGACUGGCCAUAGUGUGGUUCACGCUGUCCUUCGGGUAUUAUGGUCUGUCCGUUUGGUUCCCCGAUGUCAUCAAACACCUUCAGGCGGAUGAAUACGCCUCCAAGGUGCAGAUCCACAACAACGAACGCAUUGAAGGCUUCACCUUCAACUUCACCCUGGAGAACCAGAUCCACAGAAACGGCAUAUUCAUUCAUGACCAGUUCGUCAAUAUGAAGCUUAAGUCCGUCACCUUCAUCGACUCCACAUUUCUCCACUGUUACUUUGACGACGUCACAUCGGUGGGCUCCUUGUUCAAGAACUGCACAUUUAUCGACACAUACUUCUUCAACACAGAUAUUGACGAGUCUAAGCUGAUAGAAGGCACUGAGAUGAUCAACAGCACUUUCACCCACAACAAGACGGGCUGCCAGAUGACAUUCGAUGACGACUACAGUGCCUACUGGGUUUACUUCAUCAACUUUCUGGGAACACUGGCUGUUCUUCCUGGAAACAUUGUGUCUGCUCUUCUAAUGGACAAAAUUGGACGUUUGUCCAUGUUAGGCGGCUCCAUGAUCCUGUCGGGCAUCAGCUGUUUCUUCUUGUGGUUUGGCACCAGUGAGUCCAUGAUGAUUUUCAUGCUGUGCCUUUACAACGGUCUGAGCAUUUCUGCCUGGAACUCCCUUGAUGUCGUCACCACAGAGUCUUUCCCCACGGUCAGGAGAGGAACAGGCUUUGGUUUCUGUAACGCCCUGUGUAAGCUGGCGGCUGUCCUGGGGAACCUGAUCUUUGGCUCACUUGUCGGCAUCACCAAGGCUGUCCCUAUCCUCAUGGCUUCCUCGGUGCUUGUUGGAGGAGGGCUGGUCGGACUGCGGUUGCCCGACACUCGGGCAAAUGUCCUUAUGUAACCCCAUCUUCGAGUCUUUGAGUUCUCAACAAGGCCAAAAAGAGCUUUUCAGUAGGAGUGCAAGUGGCUUGGUUUGUCUUCAGUAUGGUAUCUUUAACAACAUUUCAUGAGUAAUGCCUUGACAAUGGGUUUGCACGCCGUUUUAAAUAUUUCAUCAUCUCAUAACAACUGUUCAUUUGUUUAUCGGACCUUGUGUGACCAACACAAAGUUGAGUAUGUUAGUGAAGUAGAAGGACAGGGAUUCAUGGUUCUGGAUUGUGUUUGCGACUGAAAAUCUGAAAAGUGUGGUCAGUCCUUAUAGUUACAGUUGCAGGUCUUACUGGGUAUGCCUCUGCCAGCUUAGCAGAUCUAGAGGCUGCCAAACAGCUCCUACUCAGUCAGAUUGAAUGGAAAGUGUCUGAAAAGCAACUUUCACAUCUACCCAAGAAUCUACCGUCUCUGCACAUCUCGGGUUUUUAGGGAGUUUGUUCCAGAUUAUAGGAGAUUACAGGAGCAUAGAAACGAAACGCGUCCCCUUGCUUAGUUCUGGUCCCUGAAUGUGACCAGAUCUGAAAAGGUUCAAGGCUUUAUAGUACUUUUGCAUGGUGCUUUACUUUUUUAAAAGCCACUCAGCAUUAAAUCACAUCUUUUGGGAGACUUAUUUUUUAUUUUAUUUCUAAGGUUAACAUUUGCUCACGUUUUUUUUUUUUUUGGGCUGAUUGCAGCCGCCAGCUCCAGUCGCAACCAUGCAUAGAGACAGCCCAUGAUAGAAGCUCGAGGCUUUCAAUAUUGAUACCGUCUUAUUAAGACGGGCCAGAUGGGGAGAAGAGUGAAAAACAAGCUGUAAUGAGCGAAACCAAGCUGCUGUGUGACUACGGUGGGAGUUCAGGAUCAGACAGAGAGGACUCAUUGACAGCUGGCUCACCCACAGGACCCACACUCCGAUUACAGGACAGGUUGCUGAAAACAGUGUAAGAUGAACAAACAUAUGACAUACUCACAUGGAUUUUUAUUCAUCUCUCAACCUGAGUCACUUAAUAUUUUGUCACAUGGUAUAUGCUCAGACUUUUGAGAGUGGAUAAUGUGUUUUGGAAACCAAGCCAUUUGCAUGAACUCAAUUUAGACUUAAAAAAGGCCAUAGUAUAAAAUAUAUUUUCUUCUACCAUUAAAUGUAGGUAAUGUAAUGUAAAUGUGAGGGUGACGCCUUUAUUUCCUGGUGUGCGAUGGUGAAAAGAUAAAUAGUUUACCCCAGAUAUUGGUAUUUUUAAUGCCCUUAAACCCCUUUAGAAAAGGCUCUAAGACGAGCUCGUUUUCUGAUUUACGUUUUGUGUUGAAUCCUGAUUCUCUCUGUGACCUUUCCUGUCAUUUCCUUAAAAAAAAAAAAAAAAAUACUGAAUGGCCUUUUUAAGACGUGCCUCUCCUUGACAGGAGCAUUCUGCCCGUAGUCCUGUGCUGUCCCAAGGUUACAGGACACGGACAGAAAUUAUACCUGAGAGUAAAUGGAUGCACGAAUCCUCAAGCUUUUUCCCAUAUCAAAUAUGUGCCAUGGAGUUUGAAAAUGUGCUUAUUGUUGAAAUGUUGAUAUUACUAGUUACACUUAUUCCUACUUUAUUUAUCAAUGUAUUUAUUUAUUAAAUUAUCAAUGUAUUUAUUUAUUUUAUCUGACUCGGAGACUCUAUUCUAUUUACAGUGGCUUGCAGAAGUGUUAGUUCUCUAUGCUAGACCGACACAAAAUAUCACAUAAUUGUGAAGUGGAAAGGAAAUGAUGCUUUAUUUAAACAAAAAGAAGCAAAAGUGUGUUAUUUGUAUGUUUUUAGCCACCUAGAUCAAUUCUUUGCAGGUGCAAAGGUCUUUUAGGGUGUGUCUCGACCAGCUUUGCUCAUCUACCUCAGUCUCAGGUCUUUUGCAAGAUUUCUUUUUUUUCAAGGAUUGCUCUCUAAUUAGCCCCAUCCAUCCUGUUGAAGAAAAGCACCCCCAAUGUUUGAUGCCAUUUUUUUUUUUUUACGGUCAGUGUGAUUCAUUCAGAUUCUUUAGCUUUGGCCUGGUUGGUUCACUUGGAGUUUUCUGUGUGAACAAAAACCAAACCCCUCAGGUUACACACAGGUGGACUAAUUUCAAUUGUCAGAUUAGGCGACUUCUUGAGGGCAGAGGUUUAAUUGUGUGUAAUUUUAUGUGUAUCAGAGGAGGAGGGACUGAAGACAAAAGCAUGCCACACUUUUCAGAUUUUUUUAUUUUGUUUAGUUUGAAAGCCUUUUUUUUCUUCUCCACCUCAUAAUUAUUCACC